AGCGGGGCAUUUGGAGCUCGGCCGAUAUCGGAGGGAUACACGGCCUUAGUUGGAGAGGGGGAAUCCGGACCCCCUGAAUCUCCGCUUGAGUUUUUGCUUUCGGUUUGGCGCCAAAAUCGCGCAGCGCGUUUGUUUGUUCUGUGUCUGAGUCUAGUCUUUGUCUCUGUGAUAAUAACUCUUUUUUUUCUUGAAAUUAUGGGACAGACAGUGACUACUCCUUUAAGUCUGACCCUAAGCCACUGGAGCGACGUCCGAGACCGGGCAAACAACCAAUCGGUGGAAAUACGGAAAAAGAAAUGGGUCACCCUUUGUUCCUCCGAAUGGCCUACUUUCAAUGUGGGAUGGCCACGCGAUGGCACUUUUAACCUUGAUAUUAUUUCUCAGGUGGAAGCCAAAGUUUUCAGCCCCGGACCCCAUGGGCAUCCCGAUCAGGUGCCCUACAUCGUCACCUGGAGGGCUCUGGUUUCAGACCCCCCACUCUGGGUCCAGCCCUUUGUUCUCCUUCCCAAACCCUGCUCCUCCCCUAUCACCCCCACUGCGCCGCCUCCCCUAAAAGAGCAACUGUCCCACCCCCAAACCACGCCCUCCAGGGAGACUGCGCAACCCACCCCUCCCCCACCUACUCCCACUUCCUCUUCUCUUUACCCUGCCCUUACCCCACUCCAGGAUAAAUCCCCAAAACUUCCCAAGCCUGUUCAGCCUGCUCCCAAGCCUGUUCAGCCUGCUCCCGAGCCUGUUCAGUCUGCUCCCGUUUUGCCUCCAGACACUGAGUCCCCUCUUAUCGACCUGUUAACGGAAGAACCCCCUCCCUACCCGGAGGCCACAACAGAAGAGCGAAAGCCUAGUUCCCUGGCGUCACCCAUUGCGGGGCGACUCAGGGACCGACGUGCACAGCCACCAAGUCAAGUCUCCCAAGCUUUCCCCUUGAGGGAAGGUCCUAACGGUCGGCCACAGUACUGGCCCUUUACUGCUUCUGAUCUCUAUAACUGGAAGCAACAUAACCCUCCCUUCUCUAAGGACCCCGCCACCCUGACUAACUUGAUUGAAUCUAUUCUAGUUACCCAUCAACCCACUUGGGAUGAUUGUCAACAGCUGUUGCAGACUCUGCUGACCUCGGAGGAAAAGCAGAGAGUUCUUCUGGAAGCCCGAAAGAACGUACCGGGCGAUGACGGGCGACCAACCCAGUUGCCUAAUGAGAUCGACAUAGCUUUUCCCUUAACCCGCCCUAACUGGGACUUCGCCACUUCUGCAGGUAGGGAGCACCUUCGUCUCUAUCGCCAGUUGCUCAUAGCGGGUCUCCGAGCAGCCGCAAGGCGGCCCACUAAUUUGGCUCAGGUUAAGCAAGUAAUACAGGGAAGGGAAGAGACACCUUCUGCCUUUCUAGAGAGACUUAAGGAGGCUUAUAGGAUGUACACCCCGUAUGACCCUGAUGAUGAAGGGCAAGCAACUAGUGUAUCAAUGUCCUUUAUCUGGCAGUCAAGCCCUGAUAUUAGGGGCAAAUUACAGAGAUUAGAAGGGCUACAGGGGUAUACACUUUCUGACUUAUUAAAAGAGGCAGAAAAGGUGUUCAAUAAAAGAGAAACUCCGGAAGAGAAAGAGGAGAGAAUAUGGUUAAGAAUGAAAGAGGCACAGGAUGAAAGAGAUAAAAAGCGGAGCAGGGAAUUGACUAAGGUAUUGGCCACCGUAGUUACUCAGGGACAGGACAGAGAGGGAGUCAGGAUGGGAGAGCGAGAACGAAGAAGGACCAAAUUAGACAGAGACCAAUGUGCCUAUUGCAAGGAAAGAGGACACUGGGCCCGAGAGUGUCCCAGGAACCCCAAGAAUCUCAGAGGACCCUUGACGCCCAAACCAUUGACUUCCCUACUGACGUUGGAAGACUAGGGA